AUGAACGAAUCAAUUACUGUGCUCUUCGUUCCAGGUGCAUGGCACAACCCCGAUUGCUACGAUCCCAUCGUGGAACGCCUCGAAGCAGUCAACUACAAGACCCGCAAGAUCCCACUUCCCUCGGUAAACCCACCAACACACUUCUUGGACUUCAGCGAGGAUGUUGCAGCGAUUCGCGCAGAGAUUGAGCAAGCAGCGAACGAAGGGCAAAAUGUGGUGCUUGUCGUGCACUCCUAUGGUGGCCUACCCUCAAAUGAAGCAAUCAAAGGGCUGGACAUCAAAACACGCCAGGAAGCUGGCCUUGCCGGCGGCGUUACCCAUUUAUUUUUCUGCUGCUCCUUCGUCAUUCCAGAAGGACAAUCGCUGAUCAGCGCAUUCGGUGGCAAUGACCUCCCUUGGUUUAUUGUCUCAGAUGACAAGCUGGAGGCUAGCCCUGCGGAUCCAGACAAGAUCUUCUACAAUGACUGCACUCCUUCGCAGAUUGAUAGUGCAGUUGCUGCUCUGAGGCCUCAUAGCUACCAGUGUUUCCACACUGUUUGCACCUAUGCCGCAUGGAAACAUGUCCCCUCUACCUACUUGUACUGCCUACAAGAUGCGGCAAUUCCCCUGCCAGUACAAAAGAUGAUGGUCGAAGGAACAGCCGAUGGCUUCGGGAUGAAGACCGAGACGCUAGACGCAUCCCACAGUCCGUUUAUCAGUCAGCCUGACGGGUUAACUGCAGCAAUUCGCCGGGCCGCCGGAGAAGAUUUUUAA